GUGAUGCGCUGGUGCACUUCAACUUAUAACCUCCACCUCCCACCCAGUCUACUACACAACUAAUUCACCAUGGAAGAAGAAGUAGCUGCCCUCGUUAUCGAUAAUGGAUCCGGAAUGUGCAAGGCUGGCUUUGCUGGUGACGAUGCUCCCCGCGCCGUCUUCCCCUCCAUAGUCGGUCGCCCUCGUCACCAGGGUGUCAUGGUUGGCAUGGGUCAGAAGGACUCUUACGUUGGUGACGAGGCUCAGUCCAAACGUGGUAUCUUGACCCUAAAGUACCCCAUCGAGCACGGUAUUGUCACGAACUGGGACGACAUGGAGAAGAUCUGGCAUCACACAUUCUAUAAUGAGCUUCGUGUGGCCCCAGAGGAGCAUCCCGUCUUACUGACUGAGGCUCCCCUCAACCCCAAAGCUAACCGUGAAAAGAUGACUCAAAUAAUGUUCGAGACAUUUAAUGCACCUGCAUUCUAUGUCGCCAUUCAGGCCGUCUUGUCGUUGUACGCGUCCGGUCGUACCACCGGUAUCGUCAUGGACUCUGGUGACGGUGUCACCCACACGGUUCCUAUCUACGAAGGUUUUGCCCUGCCUCAUGCUAUUCUCCGUCUCGACCUUGCUGGUCGUGAUCUUACCGACUAUCUGAUCAAAAACUUGAUUGAGCGCGGUUACUCAUUCACGACGACUGCUGAGCGCGAAAUCGUCCGUGAUAUCAAGGAGAAGUUGUGCUACGUCGCCCUCGAUUUCGAGCAGGAGAUGCAGACUGCCGCUCAGUCAUCGGCGCUUGAGAAGAGCUACGAGCUGCCUGAUGGUCAAGUCAUCACCAUCGGUAACGAGCGAUUCCGUGCACCUGAGGCUCUCUUCCAGCCUGCAUUCCUUGGUCUCGAAGCUGCUGGUAUCCACGAGACUACGUACAACUCGAUCUUCAAGUGCGAUCUUGAUAUCCGUCGCGACUUGUAUGGUAACGUUGUGCUGUCGGGUGGUACUACCAUGUUCCCUGGUAUUGCCGACCGUAUGCAGAAGGAGUUGACGUCACUCUCGCCUUCGAGUAUGAAGGUGAAGAUCGUCGCUCCUCCUGAGCGGAAAUACUCCGUCUGGAUCGGUGGCUCCAUCUUGGCUUCGUUGUCCACUUUCCAGAACUUGUGGUGUUCAAAGCAGGAGUACGACGAGUCAGGUCCUGGUAUCGUUCAUCGCAAGUGCUUCUAAAUGUAAUGAAAGAAGUAACUGCGCAUACGAUGCACUAGAAUGACAUUACUAUUGCAUCCCAGUGACACUUUGAGAUUUCAAUUGCCAGAGGAGUUCUAUGGGUAGAUGUUGGGAGGAAAAUUUUUAUGUUAAACUGUUUGUG